AGCAGGGGGUUGAAACGAGAUGGUCAUUGUGGUCCUUUUCAACCCAAGCCAUUCUAUGAUUCUAUGAUAUGAUUCUACGACUCCUGGCCUGUCUGGGCCGGACUGGGCAAAGAAAAAUUGUCUGGUGCCACGUAUGCACUCCAGAACAGAGUGAACAACAAGAACAUGUGUACUUCAUUUACAUGUAUCUUUGGUACGAGCUAAAAAAGAGGGCAACCAAAUCAUCAUGCUGGUGGCUGCACACGGCUGAGCUGGCCGUGCCAGGCGGAAGGGACUUUCACUGCACUUCCCCGCUGGGAUUCUCCCCUUGCAGGUGACGCUGAUCAAGCCCCAGUAGCCACGGGCGGCACGGGGCUGGAACUGAGAGCUCGGUCCAACUGCAGGUGCCGGCAGCGUGCGCUACAGCUUUUUCCUGGCUGGAGUGCGAGGCGGAAAAGGCGUGGAGGGCGCGGCUUCAGGCCAGCCGGGAGAUGUCACAGCACAGAUGACAUCACCCGGAGCCCGCGUGCUGUCACAAUGCACUGCCAUGACGACGCCGGGCCCUCCCCAAGGACAGCUGCCCGCCGGCUCCAGGCACCUCAUUCGUGAGCUGUGCUGCCCGCAGCCGCUCGCCGUGCGCUGUGCCCGAGAGCAGCCCCAGCAGCAGACCAGCUCAGCCUCUUCGCGCUCGUCCUCCAAGGCUCUCAGAGGUUUGGAGGCACGUGCCUGCCAGCAUGGACGGAGCCUGGGUGGGGACGUGGAGACCUCAUCGCCCACGCGGCCUCAUCUCGGCCCAGUUCCCCAGCCCCGGGCCCCAGUACUCCAUCCCGGGGACAACAGGUUUCGUGGGCCACAGCCCCACCAAAGCCCGUGCCCCCGCAUACACGUUUCGCGGGACCAAACCGCCUGCGGCCGAGAGCUGCGGGCCAGGUCCCUGCUACUUUGUGGAGCCCGCCAUCUCCAGGAACGGGAAGUACGUGGCUCCAAGCGCCCACCUUCACGGACGACCCAUGACGGAGACCACCGUCACCCCCGGACCCAGUGACUACCGCACCGAGGCAGCCAACAGGCACAUCUUCAAGUGCCCCCCGGUGCAGUCCAUGGCCUUCCGGCGGGAGCCCUUGCGGACAGACCACCCUCCAGGUCCGGGCACCUACACACUGCCCAGGCUGAUGGGCCCCAAUACGGCCUACACGUCGGCCAGCCCCUGCUACUCCAUGAGGGGAAGGAGCCAGCGCGGCCGCUUUGACGAAGACCUCGCCAAG